AUGCCAGAAUUCGUUACGAACGCUGCAGAUGUGACGGAGGAGUCGAACUCGCUUUCGACUAUGCCGACAGAGCUCCGCAUUUAUUGCCUCACCGACCCCGCUCUGACGGGCUUUGGCACCACCCUGAGGCUCGUCUCAAGCGACUUUCGAGCUCUCAUCGACGAUCAAGCGCGCAGACAGCUCCAUCAGCGGAAGCAAGCGAGACUGUCACCGUCUGUCGCUUCGCUGGACCACCUGAAAUCCCUCGGAGAACUCCCCAAGAAACUCAAGAUGCUUGUCGCUCUGUCCCGCUGCGAACACGGGCUGAGUUGCGCUUGUGGUGGUGAGGACGUCGAAAUCGCGACAUCGGGCGACGAGAGUGACCCAUACAUGCUCGGGAGUGGACAUCAUCAUACGGCAUACUCUCACGGAAUCGACGCAGAAGACGACAUCGAGCUUCAGCCGACCAUUCACAAUUGCGCAGCAUUCGCCACCGGACUCUCUGACUAUCUCGGUCCUACAGAGAUCGAGGACUUCAUAGUCCACUACCAUGUCCCUCGAGGCCUCGGAUACGUGUCCCCCGAGAAGAUCUUCACCUCAUGUCACCUCCCAGACACGAUCCAGGCGUCUCGGACCAUCCAGACGUGGGGCUGGCAGGGUAGUGCUUCUCCAGCUUACUUCCUCGUGCGAGAGAUGCGGCCGCUCACCGAAGAUGGGCAGACGGACGUGACCGGCCUGCCUCGGGUCAUCGCCCUUGGUAUGCUCCUUGACGACGAUGAAGCUGAUCGGGGCGUCCGGAACCAACUCAAUGCGUUCAACCUUGCUUUGACGGAAGGCUACCCUGGCGGCCAGCUUGGAAUGAAUGGGCCACCCAUCCACUUUGUGGUCCCGGACGUCCACGCGGACAUUCCCGCUGUACACACACCCAGAGGCUGCCAGGUCAUGACUCCUGAGACUUUCAAGAACACUGAAACCGGGCGCUUCCUGGGCAGGCUUCAGUAG